CAACACUACUAUAUAACAAAUAAUUUGAGUAGUAGCUAGAGUAUAUGUUAUGUUUGAAGCAGAUAAUCUCGAGGAUGUGAGUUUUACUAUAAACGAGGGUUACGCUAAACGUUUCGAACACAAUAACAAGCGCGAGGACCUUCAUAGAUUACAGGAGAAGUAUGGAAAGGACGCUCAAAUUGAGGAGGAUAGUAGCAGCGGUUCAGAGGAAGACGAGGAUGCCAUGUACGACAGCAUCGCAAAAGACAAGGGCUUCCUGCGAGUUCUCUCAAAGCUGAAAAGCAAGGACCCAGCCAUCUACGACAAGGACAAGAAUUGGUUUGAGAAUGGUGAGGGUGAGGAUGCAAAUAAAGAAGGUGGGGAUGAUGGCGAGACAAAAAAGAAGAAAGAAAAGCCUAUGUUUUUGAAAGACUACGAGCGAGAAACACUACUUACUAAAGGAAGUUUGGUGGUUGACUCAGACGAGGACACCCCAUCUGCUCCUACCUACACGGAGGAACAGCGAGCUCUGAAAGAGGGCCUGAAGUCAGCCCUGAACUCUGUGGUAGAUGAGGAGCCUGUUCUGACUCUUCGUCCUAAGUCUGAUAAUGAUAAGGAAAAGGAAGAUGAAGAUUACCGACAGUGGAUGAAAGGCGAGAAAUCCAAGAUAAAAGACAAGAAUCUGAAAAGUGACUGUGACCACCUAAAGAAAGCUUGGUCCGAUCCCAAUAUCGAGGAAAAUGAGAAGUUUUUGAGGGAUUUCAUCUUAAACAAAGGCUGGGCAGAGGAAGAUGAGAAAGAUUUUGUCCCAACGUAUGAUGAGAUUGUGAACGACGACGAUGACGAGCUGCAACAGCACGCAAAGUUCGAACGGCAGUUUAACUUCCGUUAUGAAGAACCUGAUCAUGACCUUAUCAAGAAUUACCCUCGUACGAUAGCGAACAGUGUGAGGAAAAACAACGAAGGCAGGAAGGAGAAACGAAAAAGAAAACAAGACAGAAAACUGAAGGAAAAAGAAGAGAGAAAGCAGGAGAUUGAACGACUGAAGAAACUGAAGUUAGACGAAAUAGAGACAAAGUUACAGAUAUUGUCAGAGAACGCAGGAACUGAUUUGAAACCAGCCCUCGAGGGCUGCCUAGAAGAAGAUUUCAAUCCAGAGGAGCACGACAAGGUUAUGAGCAAGUUGUUUGACGAGGACUACUACCAGGAAGAAGACGUGAAGAAGCCAGUCUUUAGUGACUCUGACGAUGACCUUGUCAGUAAGUAG